AUGGCAACAAGAGUAGAAAUAAAUUCUACUUUGGCGUCUUUGACGACAGUACCUGACUUAAAUGAAAUUAGAAAUGAGGAUAAAUCACAGCGUGUGUAUGUAAGUGUGCUUUCAGAUGCAAGUAACAAGACAAAGGAGGCUUCAGCAUCACUAACCCUUGAAGAGAACAACAAGUUUGGGAGUACUUUGAGAUCUGCAACAAUGCCAUCGCUAGGCUCAAGGCCAAGACUUUUCCCAAAGCCUUUUUCUAAAGAGAAAUCUUCAGAUACUUUUGCAAAUGUAAAACCACCUAUUCCAGCUUUCAGAUCAAGUAGUGUUAUUAGAAAGGCCACUGAAGAAACAUCAUCUGUUAAGGUAUUAAGUGGAAAUGUUCCUCCGUUAGUUGAUCAGAAAGUAAUUGAAAAUGAAAAUAAGGCUGGCAGUGAAGUAGUCACAAACAUGACUUUCUACACUGGUCCCAGUGCGAAUACUGUCAUUCUUUUUGAGACAGCAGGCACCAACCAAUCAAAGGUAAGCCUGGCCCAAGAAAAAAGGGCUGCUGAUGACUGCAGAGUAUUUAGUACUAUGCAAACAAAAGAGCUUCAGUGCAAUACAAAGCUGGAGAAACUAUCUCAGCCAUCUGAAAUAUCCAGGAGUCCUGAAGGGUCUCUUCAUAGGCAGAUAUCACUUUCCUCCAGUCUUAGACCAGUCUCUUGGAACUCCCUCAAAACUGGUGGAAAAAAAGAUGCUUAUGAAGUUAAUCCAGGGGAGAAAAACAAUGAUGAUGCAAAUAAUAUCAACAGUAAAGUUGAUUUCUCUAUUGAUGUGCAGCAAAGGCCAAAACAUAGACCAGUAUCUGCUAUUUUUCUGGAAUCAUUAAGAGAUCAAAAGCAUCGUACUGUGGAAGCUUCGGAGGACAAAUCUCCUACAGAGAAGUCCUGGGUUAGAAAACCAAGGCCUUUGUCCAUGGACCUGACAGCUAAGUUUGAACAGAAAGAUCUUUCUUCUUGCAAGAAGACUUGUUCAUCUCACGAAAGCAAGGAAAAUGUAUCGGUAAUGUCUUUUACUGACAUGGGUUGUCACAAUCAGUCCGAAAUGGGGCCAAAAACUGAAGAAACUGAAUUUAAUAAAGGCAGUUCUAAACCAAAUUUGAAGUGCUGUAGUCAGGACAUUGGCAUCCUAAAUAACGGAAAACACAUACGGGAAACAAAGCUUAUAUCUAAAAGUGAACAAAUUGAGACAAAACCAGAAAUAAUGACUAACUUGCACAGUUCUGAAAGAAGCCAUGAAACCACUAGUGAAAGCAGAACUAAUAAGGGGAGGAAAAGACCGGAUCAAAAGGAAACGCAUAUGUUUCUAGGCUGUGAAAGCCCUGCAGCUUCGUCAGAAAAAGAGAGUAAUAUCAGAAGAGGUAGUGUUAAAAAACACAUUAGUUUGUUUACUUCAGAAAAUCCCGGUACCUCAAUGGAUACAGAGCUUCUCCAGUCAGCUGCUGAGAGGGAAAACAGAUGUGUGAACAUCCAACAGAGAAUCAAAGAACUGACAACAGAAAAUACUGAUGUUAAGCCAGGAACUCCUCACAGGUCACUUCAGUCACGACCACUUUCUGCGGACUUAACAAAGAUGUUUUCAAGUCCAACAUCAAGCAGUGAACCAAAGCCUGAGAAACCUGCUGAAACCAGAAACGACUCUAUCGAUGAAAUGCAAGAAAAUCAAAAAAGUAAGGAGAUCAAGCUUGCACAUGGCACAGAUUUCACUGAAGCACAUGCUACUGGGAACCCUUGGAAACCCCGGCAGAUUUUAAAAAUAACAAAUAAACCUGAUCAGAUAGAGAGGAAAGGAAGCUUCCUUGGAGAUGGUCAGCAUUUUUCUCAGCAAAGUGAAAAUUCUGUCUCCUUCACAAGCAACUUGGAAAAAAAAUUAAAACCAACCACACUUAUGGAAAAGACCUACAUUAAAACUGUCCGAGCCACCAUGUUUGACCAUAAUGUUCAGAGGCAUAACGUUGCUGCUGAUCAUCCUGGAACAGAUUCUGCACUGAAAAUGAAUAAUGAGCUUGAGGCAAAGCAUGAUGUGGUGACUUUGGGGCACAACAGACGAUCAUGGAUGGGAGAAGCGGAGGAAACCACUAGUAUAAAGCAGGAAUAUCACAAGAAAUCUGAUUCAUCAAAACAUAUAGCAGAUGUAGAAAAAAGUGGAAAACCAGCUUGUUCAAGUGAAGACAAGAAAAUGACUCCAGGAAUUCUCUUAGAAAAAUCUUUUGUUGAGAAAAGUGAAAAACCCACUCCUAAAAAUGCAGAAGACUCUCUAAUUUACCAAAGAAUAGAGCCGAGAUAUGAAAUCUUUCAGACCUGUGGUGAAAGAGCUCUUAGUGAAGCCAUUACAAUGGCUCCUGAAAAAAAGGCCAUGACACUCAGAACUAGAAAAUCAUCUGUGAGAGAGAAUAAGAAUGAUGAGGAUGUUUUACACACUGGUCAGUCGGCUAGGGCAAACAGCAAAACUGCCUACUUGAAAGAAGAUAACAUUAUUUCAGAAGCUAGAGAUGCAAAGGUUUUUACAAGCAAGUCUCCAUUGAGAGAACCUAAUGAUAUUUUCUCUAGUGAAUGCACUUUACCUGAACAGAAAAAAGACUCUGAUAAAACUGAAACUGAUCCGAUACUAAUAGCUGAGAAAAUUUCUUACUCUACAAACAAAAGUAAAUGUUUGGGAAUGAAUGAAAAAGUAAACAAACUACAUUCUGAAAUUAAAAAUGAUGAGAGUGAAGUCUCUUCCAUGGAUAAAAUGGAGAGGUCUAAUACGAUGAAAUGCUCUUCUGAGAAAAGGAGUUUUAGACCAGGUGGGACAGACAGCUAUGAAUUCAGAACCAACUUUGAUCAUGAAGUUAUUUUAACAAGUGUAAAUAAACAUGGGGCCCAGUCAUCUUCAGUGCUUUCAGGUGGACAAUUUUGUAAAUCUUCUAUUAGCUGCCAUCCUGAUACAAGAGUGCUAACCACUAAUAAUGAGGAAUCUAGGGCCUUUGGUUUAAGGAAAAGUCUAGACUUAAAUUGUAAAGAGCAAGACUUCAGCUUAGGUAGUACAGCUCAUGAAAACAGUGAAAAAAUCAGAGUAAUAGAUCCAGAAGAAAAAGUCAGGAGAACCAGAAGUAGCGUUUCUGACUUGAAGAUUUCUGAAAGGUGGAGAAGGAAGACCUUGCCUCAGGAUUCUGUCAAGACAGAAGAAGUCGUCUGGCUCACUCCUGAAAAUAUCAAAAGGCCGAGUUGGACAGAGUCAUUGCAAUUAGAUGAAGGUUCAGUUAAAAAGAGAAGCAGAAAAAGCAAAGAAGGGGUGGAAGGAAAAGUGGCAAACCAAACUGUUCUUGGCAGUCCUGAUGAUUACUUGAAAAAUCAGAGUUCUGCCUUUGAGCCAAAGGCAACUUACUUUGCAGUGACUUGCCAGAUUCCUGGUAACAAAAAAGAGAAAAGCUUUGUUGGUACUCCUAGUGCAAGUGAAGGUAAUACAAUUUCUAGCUCAAGUGAGGGAGCAAAAAUUAAUUUGGACCCUGUUUUUCCUGGAAGGUCCAAACCUUUAUUGCAGCAACCAAAUAAAAAUUUGACGAGUACAAAUUGCAGAGAAGACUCACGGCAAGUGCAUAUUAACAAGAGUUGGGUCAAAGAAGAUGACAAAGAUGAAAUUUUUUCCAAAAACAUUGCAUUUGGUAAUUUUAAUGUAUCAAGGAAAGAUAACCAACAGUAUCAUGAAAGAGGUCUGGAUCAUUCUAAGGAGAAAAUUAUAAAUGUUGAUGCUUUCCUGUUAAAACCGGAUCUGGAACAUACAGCUCCAACUGAUCUCAGAAGUAGCAGGAAGGUCUCGUCUUACCAUGAACCCAGAUCCCCUCUGCAUUUUGCACAGUUACAUAAAGACAGUGAGCUAGUCCCCCUGAAAAGGAGUGAAAAUAAUUAUGAUUUAUCUGGAAGGAAGGCUGAGGAUGGUUACAGAUCCCAAAUUCUUGAUAUUGAUGCACUUAUGGCAGAAUAUAAAGAAGAAUCAGUGAAGGCCAGUAAUGUUCAAGACAAGCUCUCUGAAGAUCACAGCUCAUUUAGCAGGGAGAAAUCAAAGAACAAAAGAAAUGUGUCAGAUAAGAUGACUUCUUCCUAUAGCUGGAAAGAGUGGAAGGGAUCAGAUCACUAUUCUGUUAAUAACAAGCAAGGUGACUGUGCAGAAGAGUACCGCAGGCCAGAGAAAUUAAUUCUAAAUGAAAAGAACAAAGAGAAACUGGAAUCAUGUAGCCCUGAAUUCGAUAAACAAAAGUCCAAAGACAGAAAAUUCAGCCCUCCUUACUGGGGAGAUCCUAGCAGCUUUUUUUCAGAUAAAUUUGUAAAUUCACCUGUGGAGUUCACUAGGAAGAAAACUUUCAUCGUUGAUGAGGAGGAAGAGGUGAACUUAACUUCCAGGAAUCAAAGUUCAAAAUUUGUAAUUGAUAAGGUACAGCCUAUAAGUGCAGUUGGUACAGACCAAAGGUUGGAAGUUAAUUUUGCUUCCAAGUUGUCCAUAAAGGCAGAUGAUGGCCUCUUACAGAAGAACUUGGUCACAACAGAACAGUUCUUGGAGGUGUCUCCAGAAAGUGAUUGGAGCAAAAAUAUAGCAAGGAGCUCUAUAACGAGGAACAAAGGCAAUGCAAGUAAGACGAUGUAUGAGAAAGACUCUUCCAAUGUGAAAAGUAAAACUGAUUGGAAGAAUAAUACGUCUGGUUUAGGAAGUGCACCCCCAGAUUUAAGACGAUCUUAUUCAGAAAAGACCCACCAAGGAAAAGACAAUCUACCGCUUAUGCAAGAAGUAAGGGGAAGAAAGGAUCUAUACCCAUCCAGGCAAAGCUUCCCGUUGGAAAGUGUGGAUAAUAGGUGGAAACACAAGGUGUCAUCUCAGCCAGAAUCAUUCUUCCAAGAGGAUAAAAAGGUAUUACCAAAUGAGUGGACCAAGCAGAGUUCAGACAAAACAGACGGAACAGACUUUUCAUUGGUUUCUACUCGGAGAAGCCGCCACAGUUUUUAUAAGGACAGAAGGGCAGAUAAUGGGACG